UUCGCCGGUCGCAGCAGCAGCAGCGGCGGCGGUGCGGCGGAGCCUCUCGGGCAGGUUGUUUGAGGACUAAAUGUCGUACUGACUUCUUUGGGGACGAGGACAGACAGAGGCUGUCAGGAUGGCUUCAAACUUCAACGAUAUAGUCAAGCAGGGCUACGUGCGGAUUCGGAGUAAGAAACUGGGGAUCUUCAGAAGAUGCUGGCUUGUGUUCAAGAAGGCGUCCAGUAAAGGUCCACGGCGAUUAGAGAAAUAUCCAGAUGAAAAAGCAGCUUACUUCAGAAGCUUUCACAAGAUAACCGAGCUCCACAACAUAAAGAACAUCACGCGAAUGCCACGAGAGACCAAGAAACACGCAGUGGCCAUUAUUUUCUGCGAUGAGACGUCAAAGACAUUUGCCUGUGAGUCAGAGCUGGAGGCUGAGGAGUGGUGGAAGUUAUUGUGUUUGGAGUGUCUGGAGCGACUUAAUGACAUCAGCCUGGGAGAACCGGAAUUGUUAGCAGCAGGGUGCAGAGGGAAACAGAACGAGAGAUUUAACGUAUACUUGAUGCCGACCCCAAACCUGGACAUCUACGGAGAGUGUACGAUGCAAAUCACUCACGAGAACAUCUACCUUUGGGACAUUCAUAAUGCCAGAGUCAAGCUGGUCAUGUGGCCUCUCAACUCCCUAAGGAGAUACGGCAGAGACUCCACCUGGUUCACUUUCGAGUCCGGGAGGAUGUGUGAUACCGGGGAGGGUUUGUUCACGUUUCAGACCAGAGAAGGUGAGAUGAUCUAUCAGAGAGUUCACUCUGCCACGCUGUCGAUCGCAGAGCAACACGAACGCAUGAUGAUGGAGAUGGAAAAAAGCUCACAGACUCUUUCAAACGAGAGCACAUUAACAAAGUCGAUAUCUCUGCCGCGAAGCGCUUACUGGCACCACAUCACGCGUCAGAACAGCGUGGGAGACAUCUGCAAUUACCAAGGUACGAGUUUGACUAUGACGCUCAUCCCGCGAGCGCAGACGUUUCAGAGCUUCCUCUCCGAGCGGACGGAGGACGAGCAGCAGAAUCGGGAACAGGCGACAGCGGCCUCUGGCGGACACGGUCGGGACUGCAGCUCUUCGCCGCUCCGCUGACAUCACUGCUCGUUGACGAACAAAACGAAUGAAAAAAGCCACGAUUCCUGGACAUUCCAAAGCUUUAGGAAGCUCUUAGACACAUGUACAGUUAUGAACUCUCUCUAUAUAAAUGUAUGUAUAUGUAUGACUUAAUAAAUAUUUGUAGAACAGUGUGUAUAGUAGGAGGCUUUUGUACGUUGAGGGAAAAAAAGAAUAACAAAUGCCAAAAAAGUUGUAACAUAAACUGUAUUUUCCUUGUGUAGUUUAAGACAAAUGGACUUUCUGCAGUUAUUUUUCAGAUUUGAUGUAAAUAUUGAAGCGCUGUAGUAGCGCUUAAUCCCUUUCUGUCUGUCUGUUUGUCUGUCGUCGUUGUAAUAUGGGACACUUUUCUGUCAAACAAUAUGAGUGUUUGUGUUUUAGCACCCUGCACUUUUAAAUUAUUAGAGCUUGUUUUGCACUUUUUGUCAUUUCCUUUGGUUUUGUGUGCAGCCAUGAUGUCUGAUGAGUGCAGUGUGAUGUUUUGGGGGAAAUUACUGGAAAAUACAUUGUUUUAACGACAUCUUUCACCCCAAUUUGGGCCUAUUCUAUCCUUAUUAACGGGUUAAAACACACAAACACAAUGAAAGUUUACUCAAUAUUUCCUCCUCAAAUAGUUCCAAACAUUUUAUUUUCUGCUCAACACAGAAAAUCCAUAACAAAUUAUAUGAAUGUCAGUGGCUACUGGUUUCCAACAUACUUCAAAAUAUCUUUUUUUUGUUGUUGUUAUUGUUGUUGUGUUCAAUAGAAGUU